AGUCUACCAUCUGACCGGGGUUGUCUGUUGCCCCGUUAAACCAUGCAACGUCUGCGGACCACUUUCAAGCGGUCCCGGACACCAACUGCUUACGAAAUGAAAACUCAAAGUAGCCUCGAAGUACCCAAACAAGUGAGAUCCGCCUCUUUCGACGAAAUUCAACUCGAAGCCAAAAGACUGCAAGCCUCCGGAUCAGACUCCAAUGCUCUCCUACGAAUCCCCCAAUUUCCGGGCCAGCGCUCCAGGAGCGUCGACUCUGGGGGGAGCGAAGAGUCCGGAAAUUAUCUGGAGGUACCCUCGAGGAAGUUCCAUCGGAGAAGAUCAUCGGGCAGCAAGAGCCCCGUGUGCGUACAUUGCGCUUGCCUCGAGGAGUACAACAAGGCAAACUCCAGCAGUGAAACUUCAACAGACGCACCAGAGAAAGAACCUGCGGCGAGCUUCAGCAUGAGCGAAUCUUCAAGCGAGUGUGAGGAAGAAAUACUCUCCAACUGUGGCAUCAGAGUCACUCUGUCUCCGGAAAUACCACCUGAACCCAUACAAUCUCCUCCACCUGUUCCGAUGACUCCUACGCAGUCCAGAAGGAAGUCAAUCCAUCGACAGGAGGCCUUUUUCGGAGAGCCCUCUGGAGACUCACUGGAAAGCAUCCUCACAGACGAUCCGUCCGAGGCAAAUUCCGAUGGUACCUCUGAUGGCGCUGUGUCAGAGAAAACUCCGCCUAAAACUACCAUUCCGGGUCUAGUGGUCCAGGACAUCUACCUGCAGGUUCCCGAUUUGAACAGGGGUCGCGCUGCUUCGGUAGAUUCGUGCUUCUCUAAAGUUUCGAAUGUCAAAACGGAGGAGUUGCAGCAUUCCGGAGUGAGUCUGGAGGUACCUGUUGGGCCCAAUGUAGCGCUGCGGUCCAGGUCCGUAGAUAUCGUUCUGCCGACGGAUAAGCAGGCUAGAUACAAGGCGUUGGCGAUGGCCGCUCCUACUUGCAAUACCGAGUAUAGGCGAUCACCAGAAGUUGGUGAGAGGGUGCUUCGUAGUACUCCAGACUGGGAGGAAUCAGCAAUCAACGGUGACCAUCUGUGGGUUCCUACUUCUGUAUCUGGAGAUUUCUGCUACGUGGGCGAUUCGGACUGUACGAAACACGGUUCCCGGAUGAAAUGUUCGGCAUGUAAUGUGAUCGCACAUCAGAAUUGUAUCAGCGUGCUCGUCGAAAAGGUGAAGUUUUCCUGCAAACCAACUUUUCGGGACGUGGGAGUGCGCCAAUAUAGAGAACAUACGUCAGUCCAGCAUCACUGGGUUCACAGAAGAUCAGAGAAAGGAAAAUGUAGAAACUGUAGCAAGUCAUUCCAAUCAAAGUUAUCGUUUAGUUCAAAAGAAAUCGUAGCAAUCAGUUGUUCCUGGUGUAAAGCAGCCUAUCAUAACAAGGAAUCCUGCUUCAACACCCAACGUAUAGAAGAAGAAUGUACAUUAGGCGUCCAUUGCAAUAGUAUAGUUCCUCCAUCAUGGAUAGUCAAGUUGCCAAAGAAAGGAAGCUUCAAGUCGAGUUUGCGAAAAGCCCCAAAGAAACGAACCAGCGUCAAAAAAUCUAAACAUAAGGACAAAGAACAUCGAUAUUUUGCAAUAAAACCCAUCCCCUCAACAAACGUUUCUCCCGUCAUAGUUUUCAUCAAUCCGAAAUCUGGAGGCAAUCAAGGUCUCAAGUUGCUCCAAAAAUUCCAAUGGUUGCUCAAUCCGAGGCAGGUAUUCGAUUUGACGCAAGGAGGACCAAAAAUGGGAUUGGAAUUAUUCAAGAAAGUGCCUAACUUGAGGAUUUUAGCGUGCGGGGGUGAUGGAACUGUCGGAUGGGUACUCAGCGUCAUUGAUCAGAUCGGGAUUUCACCGGCACCAGCUGUUGGAGUGCUUCCUUUGGGGACCGGAAAUGAUCUGGCCAGAGCUUUAGGCUGGGGUGGGGGCUACACCGACGAACCUAUCUCAAAGAUUCUGUCGAACAUCAGCCACAGCGACGUCGUGUACCUCGACAGAUGGUCCUUGGAAGUGGAGAAGAAUAAUAAUGCCGCCUCUAACGAAGGAGGGAAGGAGAAUCUUCCGCUCAAUGUCAUGAAUAACUAUUAUUCGUUAGGAGUAGACGCUCAUAUCGCUUUGGAAUUCCAUGAGGCUAGAGUUAGCUUAUCAGAAGUAAUUCGAGGAAAAAUCAGCGAUGACUACUUACAUACAACGUCUUCAGUGGAAACUGGAGGGCUACAAAUGAAAAACGAUCAGACAAGACGUGCCUGUCUUGUUUAUGGAGGUGGCACUCGUCCGUGGAAUAGAUCACUGGGCGGUAUAGAACCUAGCACGGAGGAUGGUCUCAUCGAGGUUGUUGGUCUCACAACAUAUCAGCUUCCUCUCCUGCAAGCGGGCGGGCACGGUACAUGCAUAACCCAGUGCCGAUCGGCGAAGAUAAUCACCUCGAAGACGAUCCCGAUGCAAGUGGAUGGGGAGGCGUGCAAGUUGACUCCAUCCGUGAUAACUUUAACCCACUUGAACAAGGCGCCAAUGCUCGCGAAACGAAAAUACGGGAAAUCGAUCCCGACUCAAACUGCAUUAGACAAUCUCAAACUCAAUGUACAUAAAUUGACCAUGGCCGAUUACGAGCAACUUCACAACGAUAAAGAUCUCCUCGCUCAAGCCGCAAUAAAUAUUGGUAGGAUAGAAGUGAACCCAGUAUCUGAUUUAGAGCAAGUUAGAGCAAUGAUAAACAAAAUUCUUGAAGAAAACAAGGACCAAAUGAUAUGCUCAGAUUGGUGUUUCAUCGACUCUUGUACAGCCGAAAGAUUCUUUCGCAUCGACAAGGCGCAAGAGAGUUUGCAUUUUGUCUUCGAUAUCGCUGUGGAAAACUUGUAUAUUCUUGAAUAUGAAGAAGAAACCGUCCCCCCAACUCCAGAAGAUGAAACAGCAAACCCCUCACCCACUUCUUUUCAGGCGCCAUAUAACAUUCCUCAGAUGCGCAUCAGCAAAGAAGAUAGUUUAGAUUCACCUAGUGACCACCCUCCCUUAUCGCCGAAAGUCGUCGAAACUCCAGAAGAUCCACCUGUUCCCGAAGAGAGUAUUCCUGUGGGAGAGAGUGUUUCUGUGAUGGAAAACCAACAGUUAGCUCGAGUUUCUCCUGAGGCUAGUAUCAAAAUUAGAAGCAUCACUGAGCGAUUGUUUGGUUUGAAUCAAGAUUCGUACUAUGCUUUUAGUUACUUGGAAGAGAGGCCCAAUGAAUGUCUUCUGAUGGCAGCUAAGAGCGGCGAUUUGAGAGUGGUGAAUCCAGUGUCGUCUCAGUCGGCACCACAGACAACAAUAUUGAGACAACAAAGAACGUAUAAUGGAUUAUUUUUAUCACUCAGAUCUCAAACCGCACUUCAUAAGGCUGUAGCCUAUAAAUGGCGUAGCAUCUGUUGUAUAUUGGUAGCUGGAGGUGCAGCCUUAGAUGUGCCGGAUCACCGUGGCUUAACACCAAGGCUACUAGCAAUACAAAAUGAAGACCAAGAUUUGGCAGCCUACUUGGAGAGUCAGGAGCAGUUUCAGCAAGUUUCGUCAGACCUGGGAAGUGACGUGUGAAUACACAAAUGCAACAUUUCUUAUGGCCCAUCAGGCAAAAAAGCAAUUUAUCUUUUCCUAAAAUGCCUUACUAAAUACUUAUUUGAACUUUAUAUAGAAUGAUAAUUCCAAAUUCAAAAUAUUUCAAUCAGGUGUGAGCUAGAAACUAAAACGGUUUGGUUUGUUUCUUCAUUUUCGCUUAGAGAUAUAUUGACGAUGAGACAACAGAACUUUGAAGUAUCUACUAUUACUAGUUGUCAAACGGGAAAUGGUAUAAUCGGAAUGAGAAAUCGUUGUGUUUCAGUUCAAAUUACAGAAUUUUUUCACUUCAGUACCGUUAGAUCAACAGUAACAGAAAAUGUUGAAUUAUCAAUAUACCUCAUUAUACCUCUCAUUUCUCAUUUCACCUCCAUUACACCUCACUGUAGUUAUAUUGCCAAUUGCCAAUUGGUGUCAAAUUAAGUUGUUUGGAGGGUCCCAAAUGGAACAAAGAAAUCCCACGGAUGUCCCAGGGAUAUCCGUAUCCUUCGAACAGAACAUCCCUGUAAAAGUCAUGAUCGGGACACGGUACAUACCAGGGAUAUCGUCAAGAUGUACUGAUUCAGCUGAAGGAGAUAUUUUAGGGAUAUCAUUUCGAUACGUCCCAUGUAUAUGGUACAUCCCAGGGACUUCAACUAGGUAUUGUAUUUACCGACUUGGUAUGUCCCAGAGAUAUCCCUAGAACGAGUAUCUGAUUGUGAAUGUUCUAGGUACGUCCUGAUUUUGAUAUUUGCCAUGGCACCCAACAGAAGUAGCGAAUAUGAAAAUAAUAAAAUAAAUUUUUAAACAGAAUAUUAGAAAGAACAAAUAUUUGACCUUUGAAACAUUUGAACUUACAAACAUCAAAAGUUGAGAUCGAUAUUAAUAAUUGAAUUAUUAUUGUUAACCAUUCUCUGUGAUAGUUUAUUUUUUUGCUCGGUAAACCUCCAUACGAAAAUAUACCUACCUACCUACUCAUUUCUGAAGUGCUUGAGCAAGGAAGAGGUCACAUACACUUAUAUUAGGAACGAAAACUUUCAAAGACUAGAAAUGUUACUUUGUCAAUAUAGUUCAAAACACAAUUCCAAGAAGGGUUGACAUUGACUGUACUUUAUUGAUGACCUAAGCUGCUGGACGUAUGUUCAAGAUCCAAUGAGCCAACUUUUGAUGAGACUUCAAUAUCCAAACACAGCAACAAUUCAGAUAUUCUUGGGAACAUUACCAUUGUAAUGUUUCAUAUAUCAACCUAAAAUAAAUAGUGUCUUCUUAAUACAGCAUACUCAAUCCUUAUGAGAAAUAUCUUUCUCAAUGGCAUAAUAAUAAUAUUCAUGUGUUAUUUUGAAAUCCUAAACAUAACAUUGAAUCUCCGAACAAUUCUGAUAAUUCUAGGAAUGUGAAUGAAACUUCUUUGGAAUGUACCAAAUAUCCCUCAAGGGAUGUCCAAGGGACCCUCCAUUAGGUCUUUAUACAUACGGGACAUCAAGGGACAUGACUUGUAUACACCUGAAAUGUUCCCUUGUUCAUUUUGGGCAAGAUGUAAAAUAAAGGCACUGUAGUGUAGACUUGUAGUUAUUGUAAUCACAGCUCAAUAUCUCAUCAAGCAAACUCACAUUCUGUAUUCAAUCUUCUUCUUUCUUUUCUGAAGUGCAUGUCAGUUAUCUCAGUUGACUGAAAAUAUGCAUUUAUGCAUAUACAUAUAACCGUUUCCUUUCAAAGAAGACCAAUUCAUGAAACAGGGUGCUCUAUUUUAGCUAUCAAUCACCAUUUUCUCAUUUCUUGUUUUGAACAUAUCCAUUAUGGACCAUUCUAAAUACAGGGUUGCAGAUCCUAAACCGUCCCUAUUUUUUCUGAAAUCGAAUGUUUCACAAAAUAACUGAGUACAUUUUAAUUCACUGAUUCGAUAAUUUCGAAGAAGACGGUAAGUAUGCAAAUGAAACUGAAAAAUAUAUCACGAUAACUCACAUACGAUGAUCCCAUACCAUUAUGUGGAUAACAAACCUAGAAUUGAUGAAUUAUCAGUAAGAAAUAUUAGCGUAGCUUUUGGAAGUUUUGAAUUUGGAAGUACUUGUAAAUAUUUAUGAAUUGUCCAUUUUAACCUUUGAUAAGUGGGACAUACUGUAUUUUGUACCUACUAUAUUAUAUUAAAAAUUUGUGAUAAAUCUAUUUUGACCAUAAUCUUCACAAGUCUGUUUCAUUUCUUGAAAGCAGUAUAAACUGAGGAUCCAUAAAAUGCCGUCGGUAAGAUGUAGAUAAGAGAAAAAAAUGUAAAAUUGACUGCAUAACCAUACAAAAAAAAUCAAAACUAUAUUUUUCAAUACUCGGUUAAUACAUUUUGAUAGAAUGCGACACAACUAGAUAACCACCAUAGGAGGUUAUAUAUUUAUAUUCUUGAACUGUGUAUGUAUGUGUUCAAGAAUGAGUCAACUUUUACAACAAAUCUGAAACUUCAUCAACAUGUUACUACAACCAAGAAUCAUUAUCAUUUGCCCUUAGCUAGAUUCAAAGUAACGUCAUGUGGACCGUAAUACAUUGGUCCAAAUAUAUAUAAUCUCACACCAGAUCAUUCAAAGGCCUUGAAUAGUUUCUAUCUCUGUCUUCAAAAAAUCGUUAAAGAAUUAUUUAUUAGAAAAAUGUUUUCAUGCGUCGCAGGAAUUCUUUGUAUAACUCAUAAUCAUAUUAGUUUUGUAGUAUGAGCCUGUCUUCCCCUUUUCUUUUCUUUUUUAAUCUGUAUUUUGUAUUGACACUUCCCACACAAUUUUAUUGUCUGACUGGAAAUAAAGAAUUAUUAUUAACAGUUCCACAAAAUUACCCGAACGCUUGGUAUUUAUUCUAAUGAUUUCAUUAUUAUCGGUCUGAUAGAUAUUUCUCAAUUUAAAUUCAAUUUGUCGGUAUAUCUUUCCUUCAACUCAUUUUUUUCCAUGUAUGAUAUUGGGCGCUACGGUUGAUUAAAAUACAUAGGCUUCUCUAACAAAAUUCAACACGAAACUGAAGAACAGGGAUCAAAAUCUAUCUCCAUGAUUUUGUUGAUGGGAAAACUCGAAAAAUAAGAAUGAUACUUCAGGGAACUAUUAUGUCAAAUGAAUCAAAUAUGAAUUUUCUGUACUUUGUACAGAAACGGAAAUCGAACCAGUGCGUGGUACUGCAACAGUGAGUAAUACUUGAACUACUACUAUCAAUGAUCUCCAUUAUGUCACUCUGUAGAAGGAGCCUUUAAUUUGAGAAUAUCGUACCUCACUGAUACUUCCGCUAAUCAAUGAAAGAUGACGGUAUUAUUCAUCUUUGAGUUUUGGAAAUGUGCUACUGUUAAGCGUAGAUUUUUCCUGGUCAUCGCCAGAUAUUUCUUCAGCGCCAGGGUCCAGGGUCGCCCAGGUUAAUUUUAUUAUCUACCAAGGCUUUGGCUAAAUCUUGGUGGUACUCUAGUACUACUACUCAUCUCUUAUCUAAGACAUAUCUUGCCAUUCACCACUAGGUAGCAAAAUUCUCAAUUUUAAACCUUGACAGAUAGCAGGCUCUUGUACAGGUAAUGAAAUUGUAUUAUAGUACCUUUGGGCCAAUACAUUUUACAUGCAUCCCAGAAAAACUAAGUGGUAUAUUAUAUUAGUUUAUGUUGUGUUACCAUAUUCCAAUAUUUUUCAGAUUGGUAGAUCUUAGGAACGAUAUCCUGUAUCUAAUUUGCAAAGAUGCAAAAAAGCCCUGAUGUUUAAACCGAUUCACUUUUGUCAAAAUCUCUCGACGCAACGAAUAAGAUUGACCUAACUUUGAACACAUGUUGAUAGAUGGAGCAAGAAUCGUUUCCAAAUGUAAACACUGGUGGUCGCUUAGCGCCUCUGUCAAUGGAUGUCUUUAUUUUGUAAAGGAUCAUGAGUGCCGUGGAUCCAGUUUUUCGUCAAAAUAUUACACCUAGGGAGGGGUGAUUACGUGGAUCAUGGUAUUUCUAGCCAUCUUGCGAUUUGCUAUAAUUACGUCAUUUGUACUGAAAUAAGUGGAAAUGAAUUGAGUAAUCAUGGAUCAGUGAAAAUACCAGUUGCUAGUAAACUUCUUGAAAUGAAACAGGCUCCUUUACGAACCAAAGGAUACAAAUUCCAUUGCACAUACUUGAAAAUGGUUUAAGCAGCAUUGUAUAAUGGGCGUAUAUCCUAAUUUUUCUAUACCUGAUCGAUUCAACUACACCAAUUCCAAAACGGAUAAUUAAGGGUCCAAAGUCAAAUGUAUGUCUAGUUGAUAGUUAGUUGUAAUCUCACGGGGUUGGUCCAAGAUGAUGUAUGUGUGAUCAAAUUCAAUUCAAUAACAUCACGCAAGAAAAUAUUUCAAGGUUAUGAUUUGAAACCAACAUUAAUAGUGACUAGGUGAAAUUAUUCUGUUCAUCAGCAAGAGCAUCAGAUUGGGCUUACCCAGUGUUGAUUUUUUAACAAAUUCAAAGCAACACUCCAAUAUUUAAGAUGAGUCAAGAUGUUGAACGACCAAGUGUUGUGAUACCUUCAAUAGUAGAGUGUAUACAGAAAAAAAAUUCCACUGAAUCACUUCGUUUUCCAUAAUAAUAAUUUUCAUCACAAGCACCAGAAUUAAACAUUCAGCAUCUUGUUCUUGUAUAACGAAAUGUAAAUAAUAGAAAUUCCUCCUUUACAAUUCCGAUUUCGAUUCAGGAAAGUUUAUUACUUUUCAGAUGGUCUUGAAUCGAAUUGUAAUGUUAGUAAUAAAUAUAUUCAAAUUAUACUCAGUCAAGAUUACUUCUUAUACUAUUUACAUAUUUAGUAUUCGCGUAAUGAAAAGACCUACGAAGACUGAAUAUAUUCAGUUUCAAAAAUUUGUCAAUUUUCUAUUGGAAUACUUACAUCUCCAUUUCUUUCUUCGCAGGUCUACAUAAUUUUUCGCAUGAUUAUAUACCUAUGUGAUAUUGAUGUGGAAAAUUUCAAGCAAUGAGGAUUUCAGCCUCGACAACUUUUUUAACAUGCGUGUUUUGUCCUAUAUGCAUCAUACAAUCAACUCAGCUUCUCGUUUAAAAACACCUUUACUAGUUUUUUCUCAAUUUCAUGUCAAGAGACUCCAAUUAUUUCAAAGAACUGAUUUUGAAUUGAUUACCUCAAUAUUUGUUGAGUAGGUUUCCUUUCUUCGUCAAGUUAUUACUUCUUGGCCAAUACCAAAAGGUAUUGCUUUCGAAAGUUCACUCUUAAAUAUUUGAUUUCGUACUAACACCCAAUAUUUUUGACUGUUAUUUACCAAAUUCUGCAUUAACGAUAAAUAGAUCUCAAUUCCAAUAUAUGGAAGAUAUAAAAUAAUUAAAACAUAAUAGUUGCAACUGGUAUCUGUGGAAACGCAGAAGGGCCACUUGAAAUGUCGACUUCUAAAUUCGAAAUCACAAUUUUAAUGACGAAAUUUCGAAAUCAAAGACGAAAUUUUGAGUUCACAGUAGAAACUGCGAAUUUUAAAGUACGAAUUUCCAAGGAAAAAAUUAAAAUAUAUGGCCUUUCUGUGCUUCCGUAGAUUCAUAAACCAUAACUACUUGGGAUAAUAAAAUCUAGACUGUUUUCAAAAUCGGUUUGAAUAGCUUACGUCGUCAGAUUCUAAUGGGUGUGCAACGAAGUCCCAAGAUUAUCCAACAAAGCCGUGUAUUUUUAAGCUACUUGAUGACAUUCCUAAACAUUUUCAUGCCUUAUGUUCAUAUUGUAAAAUAUUAUGAAUAAAACGUACUAUUCUUUCUGA